AUGGCGCACAAAGCAAAUAUUGUCGAGAUAUCGCCUCUGGUGUCUGAUACCGCAUCCUUCGAGAAGUCAAAAGCUCUCUCACAGAUCUCCAUUCAAGAAUGUUCCAAUGUCGAAAGCACUAAUAGGCCAAAAGAGAAGAUAACACUGUCAGAGUCUGUGCUAUUAUCAGAUCACUUGACUGAGGGAAAGCACAAACAUUACCUUACUCGCCGACCCAAGUUCAAGAAUAUUGCAUAUGAAGCCACCAUCUUCGCGAAGCAAUACGUUGUAGUGCGACUCAGAGAGAUCCGACUGAAAACUCCUUACGAUACAUUAACAUCCAUUGGUCGAUGCAAUCACUAUUGUAUCAGCCCUUUAUACAAUUGGUACGGUCAGAAUGAUCGGAUCCUAGUGACAGCACCUCUUUCUCAAGUCGGAAUCCGAGAAAGAGACCAGUCCAUCAAAAAAGUCAUCAAUUGUGGAUCCCACAACUAUGCAGGACUCUACGACAUAUCCGACGCCGAACUGGCGCUACAUCAAACAUGUCUCGAACAGCUACCAAUAGCGAAUACCGCAGCUGCGUCAUUCCUACAUGAAAUGCUGUCAGGAUUAGCCAGCUUCUUCAACGCUAAGUCGUGCUUCAGCACAAGCACUGGAUAUCAAUCGAAUAUGCUUGGCAUCCCAGCCAUUGCGAAAGAAGGAUGGCUUAUUGUUCUUGACGAGAAAUCGCACAACUCUAUCUUCACCGGUGCCUAUUCCGCUUGUGCAGAUGCUAUGAAAAAGUUCAAACAUAACAACAUGGUUGAGUUGCGAAGGAUACUUGAGGACGCAAGCCUGAAUGGGAACUAUACUGACGUCUUACAUGGAACCAUUCCACCACUUGAUGCACUGAGCGAGCUGAAGCAACAGUACAACUUCGUACUUUACGUGGACGAAGCACACUCCUUCGGAUCCAUUGGCAGGACUGGACGAGGACUUCUAGAACUCUGGAAUGACGAGCAUCCCGAAAAUACUCUUUCCCCAGACGUAAUUGACGUUCGAAGUGGCGUAUUAUCAAAAGCAGUUGGAGCACUUGGUGGUUUUGUCUGCACCAGUUCAAGUCGCUUCGAUGAGUGCUUACUCCAUCGAUCACAAGCACUCCAACAAUGGAGUGACCCCUUGACUACAGCUACCAUUGUCCAGACUCUCAGGUUUUUGAAACAGCCGAGACGACUUGAGCGGAAUUUGCACCGCUUGAAAGACAUCUCUCGAUUUUGUCACGAAGAGCUGGAUCGGCAAGGAGUUCAUGUCUAUGGAGACCAACAUUUGAAUCAUUUACCAAUGCUACCCGUCUUCGGCGGUCGACCUAGCAAAGCGGCAGAGUUAUCGAUGGUGCUGAGACGUAAUGGUGUCGUAGCAUCACCUAUCAGUACACCAGCUGUUGAUAUUUGGGAGAGUCGAGUGCGAGUCCUUCUCUCAGCGUCGUAUACAGACGAGGACGUCAAUAGUCUGAUCACAGCCAUUGCGGCGGCUAGUCGUCAGAUUGGGCUCAAGAAGCGAACUAGAAUUCCACGGCAAAAGUACUGUUACAACUCAGAAGAAAUGAUGGCUGAUGAGGACGAAAACAACGAAAUGCUUAAACACCUCAAUUGUCUCAUUCAAGAACAAGUUCGACGCUUACCACGUCUCCCCGCCAUCUCCCUCGAAAUCAUCAACGCGGGUAUGUCAGCCCAACACCAAUACGGUAUCCCCUCUGGCACCUCUCGUUGGAUGCUCGGAACCUUUUCCCCACACCUUUCAGUCGAGUCCCUCGUCGCCCAACUCACACACCAGCGAUCGGCGCUAACCUACCCCGACUCAGGGCUCGGUCUCAUGUCCACGAUUGCUGGAUUAUGUCGACCUGUUUUGAAAACCAAGAGGCAUUAUCUCCUGUUUCCUUCCGACCUUGAAGCUGCCGGUGAAGAAGGUCUGCGUGUUGCGAGCAAGAAGAACAAGGAUAUUGUUUGCAUUAGGUAUACGGACUUCGAAACUUUGCGCAAGCUGUUCGUUAGUCUGGGCGCGAGUAAGAAGAUUUAUAUUACGAUUUACAUCCAACCAUCAAAGGUUAAUUUACACCAACUCGCAGAACGGCUCCGAGGCCAUUCCAUCCGAGGGUGCACAUUGUUACUCGACAUCAACAACGACACUCUUUCCAAUCUAGAUACAAUGAGCGUCGCCAGACUCCAGAACUUGUUGUCAGCGCGAAUCUUAAUCUCGAGCUCGUUUUACAGCGAAUUUAGCAUGCCUGGCGGUUACUUGGCGGGAGAUGAGAGUUGA